GGGAAUUGAACUCAGGACCUCUGGAAAAGCAGUCAGUGCUCUUAACCGCUGAGCCAUCUCUCCAGCCCUUAAAUUUUUUUAAAAUAUUUUUCAAAAAGGCAUGGUGGCACACACCUUUAAUUCCAGAACUAGGGAAGCAGGGGUAGGGAGAUCUCAGUAAGCUGGAGGCCAGUCUGGUCUGCGUAGCAAAUUCCUGGACAACCAAGAGACUGCUGUGGAUUUGAAUAGGCAUGGCCCCCAUAGACUCCAGUGUUGGAAUACUUGACCCAGGGGAGUGGCACUAUUAAGUGUGUGGACUUACUGGAGUAGGUGCGGCCUUGUUGGAGGAAGUGUGUCACUGGGCUUUGAGGUGUCAGAUGUUCCAGCCAGGAUCACUCUCUCACUCUCUUCCUGCUGGCUGCCGAUCAGAUGUAGAACUCUCUACAACACAUGCAUAACUCCUGUGUGUCCCAGUGCUUCCUGCCAUGAUGAAGGACUAAACCUCUGUAAGCCUAAAUGUUUCCUUAUAAGAGUCGCCAUGGUUACAGUGUCUCCUCACAGCUACAGAAACCCUAAGACAGUAAGUAGAUAAAACUAAGUUGCAGAACAACUGAGAAGCAGUCUCUGACUUCCACACGGGUACACACCCAAACAGACACACGCGUUUUAACAUACAAAUUAGAAUGCAUUAGAAUACUUCCAAUUGGCCUUGAGCAUGGAGUGAGCCUCCUGCCUCAUCCUCUCAACUGCUGGGCUUGUAAGAAUGUACCACAUCCACUGUUCUGGAUACUUUUGUAUACUUGUUUCCUUUGGUGAAGUAUCUGUUCAAAUCUCUUGCACAUUUUUUUUUUUUUAAGAUUUAAUUUCGGGGUUGGGGAUUUGGCUCAGCGGUAGAGCGCUUGCCUAGGAAGCGCAAGGCCCUGGGUUCGGUCCCAGCUCCGAAAAAAAAGAACCAAAAAAAAAAAAAAAAACAAAACAAAACAAAAAGAUUUAAUUUCAUGGGGUUGGGGAUUUAGCUCAGUGGUAGAGUGCUUGCCUAGGAAGCGCAAGGCCCUGGGUUUGGUCCCCAGCUCCGAAAAAAAAAAAAAAAAAGAAAAAAGAAAAAAAAACAUUUAAUUUCAUGCAUUUGAGUGUUCCGCCUACAUGUAUGUACCAUGUGCAUGCCUGUGCACUCACAGGUCAGUAGAGGGUGAACACUCUGGAACUGGAGUUACAGGUGGCUGUGAACCCAUGUGGGUGCUGGGAACUGAACCCCCAGUCCUUUGCAAGAACAACACGUGCUAAACCAAUGCUCCAACUCAACCUGCCUGUUUUUUUCCGUUUUCAAGUGUGAAAUGUCCUUUAUUUUGGAUACAAGCUUUUAUCAGAUAUCAAAUCUCUCUUUCCAAUCUGUGCACUUACUGUCUUUUCCUUAGUAGCAUAACGAGCUUUAAAAUUUAAAUAAAUUCCAAAUUUAUUGCCCCCACACACCUUUUUGAGACAAGGUCUCUGUCUUAGUUAUGGUUUGUAUUGCUUUGAAGAGACACUAAAUGUUUCCUUAUAAAGGAAAACAUGUAAGGGGCUGGCUUCCAGUUUCAGAGGUUCAUUACAGUCAGGAUGGCAUGGCAGUAGGCAGGCGGACAUGCUUCUAGAGAAGGAGCCAAGAGUUCUACACCUCGAUCCAACUGCACCAAGAGAUUGUGUAUCUCACUGAGUUUUAGCUUCCGCUUGGAAGACCUCUGAGCCCACCCCCAAAGGGACACACUUCCUCCAACAAGGCCACACCUCCUAACAGUGCCACUCCCUGUGGGUCCAACAUUCAAAUCAUGGUCCCAGUAGAGAUCAUGCUUAUUCGAGCCACCAUUCUCUGUCGUCCAGGCUGACCUCCAAUUGACAGAGGCCCUGUCUCUGCCUCCCUAGUACUGGGUGUUGCAUUUCAGACCCUGGGAGUGAAGACCUGAGGUGCAUACUUUACAUGGGUGUUCCUGCAUUCUUCAGUCCGUACAUGGCAUACCUGCCUGGAACUUUCCAGUCAGGGGCUGGGCUGCCCUUCCCCCAGAGGCUCUUUGCUAUAUAACCUAGACAUUUUGGUUUUUUCUCUUCUUCCCCCUUUUCCUUCUUUCUACAGGAAUAUUUCUUUCUCUUCCCCCUCUCCUCUCCUUCCCCAUAGCAACUUCCUUUGCCUCCUUCUGUGGGGCCAGUGAAUUCGCCAGGAGAGCAGCAUCCCAAUAAACGUGCAGUUAUAUAUGUUUUAAUCUGGCUUAAAUCGGCUCAUUUCACUGGUGGAGAAAUAAAUUAUCACUGUGACUAAAGGUGUGUGCCCCCAUUGCCCAGCCUUUUUGAAAAAUAAUUUAAAAUUUUUUGAGUUACAUGCAUGUGGGGACAUGCAGGUCCAUGCGUGUGAGCACUGGUGCCCACAGGAUCCAGAAUUUUGGAGCCAGUGAUGGUUGUGAGCUAAGUGAGUGUUGCCAACUUCCUUCUAGUCUUCUGCAAGAGCCCUACCCACUCUUGAAAGCAGAGCCAUUUCUCCGGCCCCACAGCUCUUUCUUUUCUAAGCUUGGUUUUUACUAUUGUAUGCGCAUUUUACUUUAUGUACAUAUGUGGGUUUGCCUGCAGGUUUGUCUGUGCAUGUCUAGUGUCCCAGGAAGUGAGACAAGGGUGUCAUAUUCCCCAUGGAGCUGGAGUUAGAGACAGUUGUGAGCCACCACGUGGGUGCUGGGAAUGGAAGUGGCCAGGUCCUCUGGAAGAGUAGGUAGUGCUCUUCACGGAGGAGCCGUCUCUCCAGCUGCCAAUAUGCUUUUCUUUAAAAUAUCCUAGGAGGAAGAAAAAAUGGCGCCCAGAGCUGUGGCCAUCUCUGAGCUCUGGGGGGGGGGGUGGUGGUAAGGGGGGGGCACUGAUCGUUGUAAAUUAACCCAGGACUCUUGUGGAACAAACAGGGUGAAUCUAAUCCAGUCUUCAAGAGACUACCAGUCUCUUCAUCUUGCAUGGAGUAAAAAUGUUCUGGGUUAGUCAGAACCAGUGAAGAGAGACAUGGUUGGGUAACUAGUCAGUUUCUCAAGGACUGAAUGCAGGCCGUUUCCUGAAGUGUCCCCCACUUACCUUACAUUCUGGUCACGCCCUCCCCAUCUCCUCAGAGUACACUCACUGAACAACUCACUCCAUCGUGGGACAUCAAGCCACAACAGGACUAAUCACAUCCUCUCCCACUGAGGCCCAACCAGGCAGUCCCCCUCCAAUUGUUCAGGGGACUCACAUGAAGACCAAGCCUCAAUCUGCUGCAAAUGUGUACAGGGCCCAGGUCCAGCUCCUGACUGCUCUUUGGUUGGUGGUUCAGUCUCUGUGAGCCACCAUGGGUCCAGGUUAGUUGACUCCGUAGGUCUUUUCAUAGUGUCCUUGGCUACUCUGGCUUGCUCAUUUCUUUUUUUUUUUUUUUUUUUUUCUUUUUUUCGGAGCUGGGGACCGAACCCAGGGCCUUGCGCUUGCUAGGCAAGCGCUCUACCACUGAGCUAAAUCCCUAAUCCCUGGCUUGCUCAUUUCUAUCCCUCACUUUCCCACAGGACUCCCAAACACUGCUGAGCCAUCUCUCCAAACCCCUAAAAGUGCUUUUUAUUGUUAUGCAAAAGGCACUUUUAGCAAGUCAACUUCUACACACCAAAACUUCUUAUAGGAUCUAGGGGCUGUGAAGGAACCAUUACCUAAGAUUCACAGACACAGGAAACUUCCUGGUUUGCCAGGUACGUCUCAAGACCACGUAAUGCACAGCCUGAGAACCCUUCAAAGGAACAACCCAUCAAAUCUCAGAUAACAACCACUGACCCUUUACAAAAGGCUAUCUCAAAGCCUAGGUGCCAUGAUGCUGGAAUUCAUGAAGAUGGCCAGACACUCUCAGACAACUCUUCUGGCCGAACACCCAGGACAGACAUUAUGAAGAAAUAAAACAAAAGCUCUUAGAACCUCUGAAAGCCAAGGAUGGUGGCACUUGCUUUGUAACCCCAGUCAGUACUUGGGAAUGAAGCAGGAGACUGGCCUGAGGUUGAGGCCAGCCUGGAUUCCAGGUGCAAAGUUCUAAGCCAGUCAGGGGUACACAGUAUAAUUAUCUCAACAACCAAAAGAGCCUCUGGGAAGUCGAAGUGAGAUGGGUGUGUAAGACUCUGAAGCAGAGACCCAUCUCGCAUCUAGCAUCAUGGACUUUAAAGGUUGGUGUUUGUCCAUCUCCAAAGCAGAGAACAGUUUAUGUAAAUCUUCAUAGUCUACAAAGAGCCUCCUUUUAUAGAUUAGUGAACUGAGGCCCAAGCGGUAAUGGCCUCCAAUCUUAGGUUUUCCAAUUAAGCAUCACAGGAACCGACGAGAAAGGCAAUUUUCUUCUUCUUUUUUUUUUUUUUUUUUUUUUUUCCCGGAGCUGGGGACCGAACCCAGGGCCUUGCGCUUGCUAGGCAAGUGCUCUACCACUGAGCUAAAUCCCCAACCCCAAGGCAAUUUUUUGUUGCUUUGUUUAAGGCACAGUUUUUAUUAUCACUUGAGUUUUUCGCCACAGUUUCUCUGUGUAGUCUUGGUUGUCCUGGAACUCGCUCUACAAACAAGCCAACCUCACUUAGUUCUGCCUGCCUCUGUCUCCCAAAUGCUGGGAUGCCCAACCAAGACAAGUUUUGUUUACUUUAAUCUUAAUUAAUCUUACUUCUCAAUCAUGGCCCGCCCUUCCCUCCCCCCUCCAAGUCCCAUCCUCACAAAUCCUGCCCCCUUGGGUACUACCCUUGGCUUAAGUUUCAGCAGGUCUAGGCACAUCGUUUCCGACCUACUUAAUCCCCCUCCUCCAGUCCGCGCUGGAUCCACUGGUAAGGAACAGAGAGACCUAGACAGCCCUGUUUCUCUUGUUAGACUCACACGAACACCAAGCUGCACAUUUGUUACAAAUGUGUAGAGUCCAGGUCCAGCUCGUGCAGGCUCCCUGAUUGGUAGCCCAGGCUCUGAGAGCCCCAAGACCAGUAGCUUUUAAUCCACCCAAAACGUAGGGUGAAAAGACAUGAAUUUGCUACCAAGCAUAACCGUCCACCUACACAUCCCAAAGGCGGUCACCCUUAACCCAGACCCACAAGGAAAUUUAGAGCCCACAAAAGCUGACGUCAGCCGUGCGCUCCCCAUCCUCUUCGAAACCCACGUUUCCCGAAAGGCUAAGCGGCGGUCGGGGUGCCCCAAAAAGGAGACGCCAUUGGCUUGGCCAGUGUCAUGUGACAGCGAGGCCACCGGCCUCCGGAGGGAGGGGGACGGAAGUGCACUGUGGACUCGCCGCGGUGAUGUAGCAGCGUGGGAGGGGCCGAGGCCAGCGCCAUCCGUCCACCGGCCGCCCGGAUCCUGUGGUGAGUCCGCAGGCCGAUCGGCAGAGCGGGCGCCCGCGGGCUGGGCAGGAGUAGCCGCACUCUCAGCGGCGCCGCCAUGGACGCGGAGGCCGCGCGCAGCUACUCUCUGGAGCAAGUUCAAGCUCUGUAUUCAUUUCCAUUCCAACAAAUGAUGGCGGAGGCUCCGAACAUGGCAGACGUGGCCGGACAGCAGAUGCCUGCAGAAGCUCCUGCCCAGGAUCCUGUGCCAGAGGCUCCAAAGAGAAGGAAAAGGAAAACCAGGGCAGCAGAGGCCCAGGACCCAGUGGAGCCCAAAAAGCCUGCUGCCUCAAAGAAAUCUGGCAAGUCCACAAAAUCAAAAGAAAAGCAAGAGAAAAUCACAGACACCUUUAAAGUGAAAAGGAAAGUGGACCGGUUCAACGGUGUCUCUGAAGCUGAGCUUCUGACCAAGACUCUCCCUGACAUUUUGACCUUCAAUCUGGAUAUUGUAAUUAUUGGCAUCAACCCAGGAUUAAUGGCCGCUUACAAAGGGCAUCAUUACCCUGGGCCCGGAAAUCACUUCUGGAAGUGUCUGUUCAUGUCUGGGUUGAGCGAGGUGCAGCUGAAUCACAUGGAUGACCACACCUUACCUGGAAAAUACGGCAUCGGAUUCACCAACAUGGUGGAACGGACAACGCCAGGCAGCAAGGAUCUGUCUAGUAAAGAAUUCCGGGAAGGAGGGCGUAUCCUAGUGCAGAAACUACAGAAAUAUCAGCCACGAAUAGCGGUGUUUAAUGGAAAAUGUAUUUAUGAGAUUUUCAGUAAAGAAGUUUUUGGAGUAAAGGUUAAGAACUUGGAAUUUGGGCUUCAACCGCACAAGAUCCCAGACACAGAAACUCUCUGCUACGUCAUGCCGUCCUCCAGUGCCCGGUGCGCUCAGUUCCCUCGGGCGCAGGACAAAGUCCAUUACUACAUUAAGCUGAAGGACUUGCGAGACCAGCUGAAGGGCAUCGAGCGCAGCACGGACGUUCAGGAGGUGCAGUACACGUUCGACCUGCAGCUCGCACAAGAGGACGCAAAGAGGACGGCUGUUAAGGAAGAAAAGUAUGACCCAGGCUAUGAGGCAGCGUAUGGCGGUGCCUGUGGUGAAAACCCGUGUAAUGGGGAACCUUGUGGCUUUGCUUCAAAUGGGCUAACCAACAGUGCGGAGCUGGGAGGAGAAUCAGCUCCGAGCGACGUUCCAAACGGGCAGUGGAUGGCGCAGUCGUUUGCAGAGCAGAUCCCUUCUUUCAAUAAUUGUGGCACAGGAGAGCAGGAAGCAGGAAGCCAUGCAGGAAGCCAUGCUUAGCGAAGAUGCCUCAGCUCUGGCUCAGCGCUGCAGUUUUAGUGCAGUUGUCAGGACACAGAGCCUCAGUUUGCUAACUGAGGAGUUUUAGUAUUAAUAGUACUUUACGCUAGUGGUGUAACUAUAUAUGGAGCAGUUAUAUGGUAUGAAUAAUCUGUGUAGUUUGGAAACCAAAAGUAGGGUGUUUUGUACUUGAGUUUUGUAUUUGAAUUGCCCAUCAUUCCAGCUUUUUAUAUACUAUAUUUCAUGUAUGAAGAAACUGGUUUUCUUCGAGGAGUCACUUCAAUCUGUGAUUUUAGAAAAGCAACAGUCUGAAUAUUUAAAGUUGAUUCUUCACUGUGCAUACCUAUCUAUGCCCUCAUCCCUUUAGAUGCCUCAGAAAGGCAUGCUAGUAAGAGUCGACUCGGUAAAAAUGCAGCUGUCAGUCUCCAGGUUUGAAGCUGACUAACCCUCCGUGGAAUCAAAGCUGGGGCUGAACCAGAACCCCCUUACUCUCCCAGAGGUGUGUGUGGCAGAUGGUUGGUAAGAGAAGAACGGUGUGGCCAUACUUGGUGGGGAUUUUGAGCCCUGCUGUUGACCUCUGCCUCUUGUGUGUUCGCCCCUCAGAGGCAGACACUUCUGCUGAGCUGGUAGGCUCCUGAGAACACAGUAGGACUUGUACAGCCUGCCACGCGUCUGUUUUACUGAAUCCCUGUCAGUGUUCCUCACUGUUCUGAUUUUAACCUUGACAUGGAAAGUGAUAAGAAACGAACUUUCCAGUGAGCAAUGCGAGGGCGCAGGUGCUUAAUAGUCCUGUUCCAACUGGUGCUAUGUACGUGGGAUGUCCUGAUACAGGACGUUUCUUGCUAGGUAAAGCUAAUCAUUGAUGAAUGAUUUAAAAAUUAUUGUCACUGCUAUUGAUUACUGUGGACUAAGUGAGCCUCAUGAAAAAGUUGAUUGGAAUUUGUGCCUUUGUGGUUGCUAAUGCAUUUUCCACAGGGCUACAGACAGCCCACCAGGGCUGGUGGAUAUUAACCGUGGGUAUUCAGAAAUGCCUGGUGCAUCCACGCCUGACCACUCUCGAGUUCUCUGACUUGAUGGUACUCCUGGAGCUCGCUGGUUUUUCAAUAUGAAAUGUCCACGAGGGUUUUGUAUUUCACAGAGGCUAUGUAGCCUGUUCUAUGAAUAAUGAGAGAAGCAGUUUCUUGGUAGAAAUUUUUAACAUGCCUUUAGCUGUGGCAAUGAUGGACUUUCCUUUUCCUUCUGUCUGGGUCAGGCUGUGUACAAGUCAUGUGAUUUGAAAGGGGCACUGCACUGCUGUUUACAUGGGCAUUUCAUGCGGGUGCUUUGAAGUGCCUUGCAUCAGGGAUUAGAAUCAAUUGAAUUAUUUUUUUUCAUGGGACUGUAAAGCAUGUAGUAUUGCCUUGGUAUGUAACUAUUGUAGCUUUACCAUGGAGAAAUACCUUUAAAUUAUGACUGGAGAGUGGGUGCGUGGACCCUCUGAGUACUGUCCUGGUGCUUUUCCUUGAACAUGGUGAGUAGUGAGUGCUGUGCACCCUGUACUGACAGGGUGGGAUUUGUUUUCAUUAAAUAAUACUGAGAUUUUAAA